ACACACUCACGCGCGCGCACAGACACACGCACACACACGUAGCCAUCCUGGUGGAAAGGAGCAGCAGUGAAAUCCCCUCGCAGUGAUGAUGUUGCUGAUGAUGUUGAUGUUGUUGUGAAGGACAGCUGAGUGCCAGGGUGAGCUCAGCGCUUCUGCACGCGCAUGGCGUCGCCGCUCCAGCCCGAGACGCGGAAGUUCACGCGCGUGCUGAGUAAACCGGGCACCGCCGCCGAGCUGCGCCAGAGCGUCUCCGAGGUCGUGAGGACCUCCGCGCUCAUGGUGAAGCCGAAGCUGAUCGAGCCGCUGGACUACGAAAGCGUCCUGGUGCAGAGGAAGACUCAGAUCCUCAGUGAUGUCCUCCGGGACAUGCUGCAGUUCCCCAUCGAUGACUUUCAGAUGUGCAGUGUGAAGCGCCAGGGCAGGACUCUGUACUCCACCGUCCCUGAGGGAUCGGAGAAAAGCGCCAGCAGUCUGUUCGUCCAGGAGUGCAUCAAGACAUACAACUCAGAUUGGCAUGUGAUUAACUACACGUAUGAGGAUUAUUCUGGAGACUUCCGUCAGCUGCCCAAUAAAGUUCCCCGGCCGGAGAAGCUGCCCACUCAUGUGUUUGAGGUUGAUGAAGAUGCAGACAAGGAUGAGGAUACAUCGUCUCUGGGCUCUCAGAGAGGCGGCGUGUCCAAGCAUGGCUGGCUUUACAAAGGCAAUAUGAACAGCGCCAUUAGUGUCACAAUGAGGUCUUUUAAGAGGAGAUAUUUCCAGCUGGCGCAGCAGGGGGACGGAUCCUACAAUCUGAACUUCUAUAAGGAUGAGAAAAUCUCCAAAGAGCCCAAAGGGACAAUCUUUCUCGACUCCUGCAUGGGUGUGGUCCAGAACAGUAAAGUGCGGCGUUUUGCCUUCGAGCUGAAGAUGCAGGAUAAAAGCACGUACCUGCUGGCUGCCGACAGCGAGGCUGAGAUGGACGACUGGAUCAACAUCCUUAACAAAAUCCUACACAGCUGCUUUGAGCUGGCCAUGCAGGAGCCGCGGAACGGAGAGCUACACGACGAUGAUGAAUUGGGAAAGUCAGAUAUCUCAUCCGAGAACUUUCAGGACACUUUUCAGAGUGCUCGAGACAUCGAAUCCAAGAUGUGCAAUGAAACGCGACUCAAGCUUUUCACCUUGGAUCCAGACACACAGAGGCUGGAUCUGUCAGGCAUCGAGCCGGAUGUGAAACAGUUUGAGGAGAAGUUUGGGAAGAGGGUUCUGGUCAGCUGCAAUGAUCUGUCCUUUAACUUACAGGGCUGUGUGACAGAGAACGAGGGCGGACCUACGACUAACGUGGAGCCGUUCUUCGUGACUCUUUCACUGUUUGACGUACAAAACAGCAGAAAGAUCUCCGCCGAUUUCCACGUGGAUCUCAAUCACCCGCUGGUGCGCGCCAUGAUCCCACCACACUGUUCUGUGAUGAACGGACAUGCGGAAGAGUCACACACUGCACACACACACACGCAACUGAACGGGCUGACAGAGGGGGCGCUGCAGUACCCCACCAAGGGUGUGUUCUCUGUGACGUGUCCACACCCAGACAUCUUCCUGGUGGCUCGGAUAGAGAAAGUGCUGCAAGGGGGCAUUACACAUUGUGCUGAGCCAUAUAUGAAGAGCUCCGACUCCGCUAAGGUGGCUCAGAAGGUGCUGAAGAACGCCAAAAUGGCCUGCAGCAGGCUGGGACAGUACAAGAUGCCUUUCGCCUGGACUGCCAGGCCCGUGUUUAAAGACGCCUCAGGGACUCUGGACAAAAGCGCUCGAUUCUCCGCUCUCUACAGGCAGGAAAGCAGUAAACUCUCAGACGAGGAUCUUUUCAAACUGCUGGCUGAUUUCAGGAAACCUGAGAAGAUGGCCAAGCUUCCUGUCAUUCUGGGAAACCUGGAUGUAACUGUUGACAGCGUCGCUCCUGAUGUGAUCAAUUGUGUCACUUCCUCCUACAUCCCUGUGCGUCCCUAUGAGGGAAAUGAACGUGGGCUUCUGUUAGAGGUCGAGGAGUUCGUACCCUGCAUCGCUAAGUGCUCGCAGCCCUUCACCACCUACAACAAUCACCUCUACGUUUACCCCAAACACCUCAAAUACGACAACCAGAAGUCCUUUGCGAAGGCGAGGAACGUUGCAGUGUGUGUCGAGUUCAGGGAUUCUGAUGACGAGGAUGCAAAGCCACUUAAGUGUAUCUACGCUCGUCCAGGAGGUUCUCUCUUCAGCACACACGCCUAUGCAGCAGUGCUGCAUCACCAGCAAAACCCAGAGUUCUAUGACGAGAUUAAGAUGGAGCUUCCUACUCAGCUGCAUGAGAAACAUCACCUGCUCUUCACCUUCUACCACAUCAGCUGUGACAGCAGCACAAAGAAGCGGGACGUGGUGGAGACGCCAGUGGGUUCUGCGUGGUUGCCUCUGCUGAAGGACGGCCGAGUGAUCGUGAGUGAGCAGCACGUCUCUGUGGCGUUGAAUUUACCUCCCGGAUACCUGAGCAGCCACGAGGGCGUUAACAAGCAGCACUGUGGUGCGGAGGUGAAGUGGGUGGAUGGAGGUCGUCCUCUCUUCCGAGUGUCCACGCACCUCGUCUCCACGGUCUACACCCAGGAUCAGCACCUUCACAACUUUUUCCAUCACUGCCAGAAGGUGGAGUUCGGCUCAGUCCAGGCCACAGAAGGAGAUUUGGUCAAGUACCUUAAAAGUCUCCAUGCCAUGGAGGGUCACGUGAUGAUUAAGUUCCUGCCGACCAUCCUGAAUCAGCUGGUGCGCGUCCUGACGACGACGAGUCACGAAGACGUGGCGGUGAACACCACCAGAGUGAUGGUCCACAUCGUAGCCCAGUGUCACGAGGAGGGUCUUGAACACUACCUCAGAUCUUAUGUCAAGUAUGUGUUUAAAACGGAAACCUGCUCAGCCGUAAACGGUAAGACGGUGCAUGAGGAGCUGGCCCGAGCCAUGACGGCCAUCUUAAAGCCUUCAACCGAUUUCCUCACCAGCAACAAACUCCUCAAGUACUCCUGGUACUUCUUCGAGGCCUUAGUGAAGUCCAUGGCCCAGCAUUUAAUAGAAACCGGCAAAGUCAAACUGUCGAGGAACCAGCGCUUCACUGCUUCCUUCCACCACGCUGUGGAGACUCUGGUGAACAUGCUGAUGCCUCACAUCACUCAGAAGUACAAAGACAACCUGGACGCCGCCCGCAACGCCAACCACAGCCUGGCCGUCUUCAUCAAGCGGUGUUUCACGUUUAUGGAUCGUGGCUUCGUCUUCAAGCAGAUCAACAACUAUGUCAACUGUUUUGUGCCUGGAGAUCCUAAGACGCUGUAUGAGUUUAAGUUUGCAUUUCUCAGGGUGGUGUGUAACCACGAGCACUUUGUCCCUCUCAACCUCCCCAUGCCAUUUGGAAAGGGAAGGAUCUUGCGCUUUCAAGACCUGCAGCUCGACUACUCCCUGACCGAUGACUUCUGCAGGAAUCACUUCCUGGUCGGGCUCCUGCUGCGGGAGGUGGGCGGAGCCAUGCAGGAGUUUCGAGAGAUCCAGCAGAUCGCCAUAAACGUUCUGAAGAGCCUGAUGAUCAAACACACGUUCGACGAUCGCUACGCCUCCAAGAGUCAGCAGGCUAGGCUAGCCACUCUCUACCUGCCCCUGUUUGGACUACUUCAGGAGAACGUUCACAGACUGAAUGUCAGAGAGAUGUGUACCAGUCAGAGCAUGAAGGAAGAGCCUCUGUCCAUCAUCCCCACUGCAUCCUCAUUUAAACUUGACAGCAGUCUUCAUAAGGAUGUGUUUGGGGUCAUUUCAGGUACCGCCUCGCCCCACACCUCCACUCCCAACAUCAACGCCGUGCGUCACGCCGACUCCCGUGGCUCUCUGCUCAGCACCGACUCUGGAAACAGCCUUACUGAGAAGAACAAUGAGAAGAGCAGCUCUGUGGAUAAGACCCACUCUGCAGCUGCUCUUGGGAGCUCUGUUCUGCGCUGUGACAAAUUGGACCGAGAGGAAAUCAAGAAUCUGCUUAUGUGUUUUCUGCAUGUACUGAAGAGCAUGUCUGAGGAUGCAUUAUUCACAUACUGGAACAAAGCAUCUCCCUCUGAGCUCAUGGACUUCUUCACUCUGAUAGAAGUGUGCCUGCAUCAGUUUAGAUACAUGGGGAAGAGGUUUAUUACCAGGAACCAGGAAGGAGUGGGAUUUAUGAAUCCAGACAGGAAAUCAUUGACUCUUCCUGUGUCUCGUAAUAGAGCGGGGAUCGUACACACACGCUUACACCAGCUCGGCAGCAUGGAGAGCGCACACACCUUUAACCACACGUAUGGACAUGGUGAUUCUGACGCGUGUUUGUUGGAGGCCAACAUUUCCACUGAAGUGUGUCUGACUGUCCUGGACACUCUCAGCAUCUUCAUCAUGGCCUUUAAGACGCAGUUGUGUGCUGAUUUGGGACACAAUCCACUGAUGAAGAAAGUGUUCCAGGUGCACUUGUGCUUCCUGCAGAUCCCUCAAUCAGAGAUGGCGCUGAAGCACAUCUUCACCUCACUGCGUGCCUUCGUACACAAGUUCCCGAGUACAUUUUUUGAUGGCCGGGCCGACCUGUGUGCCUGGCUCUGUUAUGAAAUCCUAAAGUGCUGUAAUUCCAAACUGAGCUCAAUCCGGAGUGAUGCCGCCCACCUGCUCUACUUCCUCAUGAAGAGCAACUUCGAAUACACAGGCAGGAAGUCCUUCGUCCGCACUCACCUACAGGUUGUAAUAGCAGUCAGUCAGUUGAUAGCAGACGUCAUUGGGAUCGGAGGAACACGAUUCCAGCAGUCUCUGUCUAUUAUUAACAACUGUGCCAACAGUGACAAGAAUAUGAAGCACACUGCAUUCCCCUCUGACGUGAAGGACUUGACUAAGCGGAUCCGGACGGUGCUGAUGGCCACGGAGCAGAUGAAGGAGCAUGAGAAGGAUCCGGAGAUGCUGGUGGACCUGCAGUACAGUCUGGCCAAGUCGUACACCAGCACGCCGGAGCUGCGCAAGACCUGGCUGGACAGCAUGGCCAAAAUCCAUGUGAAGAACGGAGAUCUGUCCGAGGCGGCGAUGUGUUACGUGCACGUGGCAGCGCUGGUGGCUGAAUACCUGAAGAGGAAAGGAAUGUUCCAUCAGGGCUGCUCGGCGUUCAGCAUCAUCACCCCCAACAUCAGCGAGGAGGCGGCCAUGUUGGAGGACGUGGGAAUGCAGGACGUGCACUUUAAUGAGGAGGUGUUGAUGGAGUUAUUAGAGGAGUGUGCUGAUGGCUUGUGGAAAGCCGAACGAUACGAGCUGAUCUCAGACAUCUACAAACUCAUCAUCCCCAUUUACGAACAGCGUAGGGACUUUGAGAAACUGGCUCAUCUGUACGACAUGUUACACCGGGCUUACACCAAAGUCAUAGAAGUGAUGCAUUCUGGGAAAAGGCUGCUGGGAACCUUCUUCAGAGUGGCUUUUUUUGGCCAGGGUUUCUUUGAAGAUGAAGAUGGGAAGGAGUAUAUCUACAAGGAACCCAAGUUCACCCCUCUGUCUGAGAUCUCACAACGCCUGCUUAAGCUCUACUCUGACAAGUUCGGCCAGGAGAACGUCAAAAUGAUCCAGGACUCUGGCAGGGUGAAUCCUAAGGACCUGGAGGCCAAGUUUGCCUACAUCCAGGUGACACACGUGACCCCCUAUCUGGAGGAGAAGGAGCUGGAGGAGAGACGCACCGACUUCGAGAGGAACCACAACAUCCGCCGGUUUGUCUUCGAGACGCCGUUCACCGAGUGUGGCAAGAGGCACGGGGGCGUGGACGAGCAGUGCAAGCGCAGAACUGUCCUCACCACCACUCAGUGUUUCCCGUACGUGAAGAAGCGUAUAGCGGUGAUGUAUCAGCACCACACAGAUCUCAGUCCUAUAGAAGUGGCCAUAGAUGAGAUGAGCGCGAAAGUGACGGAGCUGAAAGCCCUGUGUGCAGCCGCUGAGGUGGACAUGAUCCGUCUGCAGCUCAAACUGCAGGGCAGCAUCAGUGUGCAGGUAAACGCAGGACCACUUGCUUAUGCGAGAGCGUUCCUCGAUGACGCCUGCGCCAAAAAAUACCCAGACAACAAAGUCAAACAGCUUAAAGAGGUCUUCAGGCAGUUUGUGGAGGCUUGUGGUCAGGCUCUGAGUGUGAACGAGAGACUGAUAAAGGAGGAUCAGCAGGAGUAUCACGAUGAGAUGAAGGCCAGCUACAGAGACCUGACCAGAGAGCUGUCGCUUAUCAUGCACGAGCAGAUCUCUGCGCUGGAAAACGGUACGAAGAGCUCACUCUCUGAUUCGCUGCACAUCUUUAAGGUCAUUAGUGGCAGCCCCGAUGGCUCCGCCCUCCAUGGAUUACCAAGCUCCGCCUCCUCUGUGUGAGCUUUUAAACCUUUAAACAGGAAGACAGGAAGUAAGAAAAUGUAGCAGGAGGAGAGGAACUGGGACGCUGGGAAUUAAUGACCCUUAUGUGGUUUUAGAUAACAAAGACAAAGUUAGGGUCACAUGAUUAAACCUGAAAUAAAAGAAAUUAAAAUCUAUUUUUUCCCUUAAAAUCAGGUUUUCCAAAGUUUGGAAUUUUGGGAAAGCUAAUCUUUUACACAUAGAUAAGGAAUAUUAAGAAGUGAAAUAGGAAAAUAAUCAACUUCAGCAUAGUAACUCUGCUUCAUCACACCACUCUGUUGUUGAUUAUUUUCCUAGAACAGCACACCACCACGUCUCCAUCUCCAAGUCAUUUUAAAAGUUUUUCAGCAUGAAAAGCAAAGGAGCAAACGUCGAUCUGUGCAAUAUUAUGUCUUACUGUGUCUUAUUUUAUUAUUUUAUUGGUAUAUCUCUUGCCAAAGAGAGGGAGACGAGAUGCAGCGUGUGUACGUUACGAUUUUUAAACCUCCGUCAGGUUUGUUUAUCUUUCGUGUAUUCGCAUUGGUUUUGUAUCCGAGGCAGUUUUUAUUUAACACAAUGGCACAGAUUUAAAUUUGAACAAUUCUGUAAUAUAUUAAUGUCUUAAAUGCCUUUUUCUUUUUAAUAAAAAAUAAAAUGAUUCUACAACCA